GUCGGGGCGCGCGGGGCCCCGCCGUUCAACUGCAGCUCGGGCGACUUCAUCUUCUGCUGCGGGACUUGUGGCUUCCGGUUCUGCUGCACAUUUAAGAAACGGUGACUGAACCAAAGCACCUGCACCAACUACGACACGCCGCUCUGGCUUAACACUGGCAAGCCCCCCGCGCGCAAGGACGACCCCCUGCACGACCCCACCAAGGACAAGACCAACCUGAUUGUCUACAUCAUCUGCGGGGUAGUGGCCGUCAUGGUGCUCGUGGGCAUCUUCACCAAGCUAGGGCUGGAGAAAGCGCACCGGCCCCAAAGGGAGCACAUGUCCAGGGCCCUUGCAGAUGUCAUGAGGCCCCAGGGCCACUGCAAUACUGACCAUAUGGAGAGAGACCUUAACAUUGUUGUCCACGUCCAGCACUACGAGAACAUGGACACAAGAACCCCCAUAAAUAAUCUCCAUACCACCCAGAUGAACAAUGCAGUGCCCACCUCCCCUCUGCUCCAACAGAUGGGCCAUCCACACUCGUACCCCAACCUGGGCCAGAUCUCCAACCCCUAUGAGCAGCAGCCACCAGGCAAGGAGCUCAACAAGUAUGCCUCCUUAAAGGCAGUCGGAAGUUCUGAUGGUGACUGGGCAGUGGCGACACUUAAGUCACCAAAAGCUGACAAGGUCAAUGAUGACUUCUACUCCAAGCGACGGCAUCUGGCCGAGUUGGCCGCUAAGGGGAACCUACCUCUGCACCCUGUAAGAGUGGAGGAUGAGCCUCGAGCCUUCAGCCCUGAGCAUGGUCCUGCCAAACAGAACGGACAGAAGUCCCGCACCAACAAGAUGCCCCCACAUCCCCUGGCCUACAACUCCACCACCAACUUUAAGGGCUGGGACCCCAACGAGCAGUCUCUCCGGCGGCAGGCAUAUGGCAACAAGGGCAAGCUUGGCACAGCCGAGUCAGGCUCCAGUGACCCCUUGGGGACUCGCACCCAGCACUACCCACCCCCACAGCCAUACUUCAUCACCAACAGCAAAACAGAAGUGACUGUCUGAGCUUUCGUUACAGGGAGCACCCUGAAGACCACACUCAACCGAGAGAGGCAAAAAAAUUCCCGGCCCUAACCUCCCCGUCCUCCCCAACACACGCGCCCACACACUCAUUCUCAGCAAGAACCGAUAUAAACCUACUGAUGACAUGGAAUCACGCUUUUCCUGGGUCAUGCCUAAUGUGGGUCGGCAGGCAACUGAAGAAGACCGAAGGCUGGACAUUCAGCAAUACAGCAAAGGAGAAACUGAGGCACACUCUUUAAACAGCGUCAGGC